CUCCACUUGAAGUUGAAACGUCCACCUCAUUAGUUGUGGAAGAGGGAAAUAGAUGGCACCCUGUGGAUGUGCCGUCGUCUCCUGCGGUGCGUCCGCUCGUUUGGGCAUUGCACAAGCCCCAGCCAACCCCCUCAAGGUGACGUGAAGUAAUGCUGUCUCAACACCUUGUGCUCACCCGAGGCGGCCGAAUUCGACGUGCGGACGACGGCGCAAAUCGUGAGCUGGCUUGUUGACGAAUACUGCGCCAAUACAAUUGCCGCCUCCCUGCAAUCCGCACGAGAGCGCUCCACCGAGCGUCCGUCCAACCUUUGAGGCACAAGGCCAGUGCUGUGUACUACUACGUCUCCGAGUGACCAAAGCAAACAAAAUUUCGUGGUUGCAUGGCACAACCUGCCAUCUCAACAUAUCUUCGAUCGCCACACAUCCGAACAGUUCGACUGCUGCGUGACUGAAACGUCCGUGCGGGAAUCGUUGGAACACCCCCCACAUGAAGGAAUUCCGAGGUGGCCCGUGCAUUUGUAUCAACAUUUGAGUUCGAGCGGAUCGACUCGUCGACAGCAGUCACAUCUGGACGACGGAUUGUUGCGUCGACAGCUUGGUUGCAACGUCCGGACAUUGCUAGUUCGUUCGGUACUCCUUGGGGCUUCUCGCUCGCGUCAGCCACGUCGGCGCACCUUCUGCGACGAAUCCCGUGACAUCUCGGCAUCAUCCUCAUAGAGGCACGCGAGGACGUUGGAGGUUUGUCCCAAUUGCCCUAUCCAUCAGCCAAUCCGACGGAAGGAAUAUCACACGUCCCAGUCGCUGCCUUGUCACAUAGUGGUUUUGCCCAGAUGCCGCCAACGUGGGCAAUGACGCCGGGGCGUUGGCGAUGGCGUUUGGGCGAAUGGGUCGUUGGCCAGUAUAUAGCAAUUUGUAUUGCCUAUACAAACACCAAAUGAGAAAUCGAACUGUCAUGACGUUGAAGUGGACGCCCAAAGUUUGGUCCAAAGUUUGGUCCACAAUUGCGCGUUAGUUUGCAUUUUCGCGUUCGACCCGCCAACGACCCCAACGCCCGCCGCCACGAUGGUUACGGGAACGCUCAAGAUCAAAGUCGUUCGUGUGGAUGACUUGAAAGACGCGGAACGCUUGCGUGAUGCCAAGAUGAUUGUGCGCCUUGGUUUUGGCAAAGGUCAACACCAACAAACAGAGCCGCAGCCGGCUCAAACGGGCCACUUCAACGAAAUCCUCGUGUUCAACGAUUUUAACCCUGCCUCGAAGCAACCGUUGCAGUUGGCAGUACUUCUCGACAACAAGGCGAUUGCGUCUGCCAAGCUCGACGUAUCGGAAUUUCUUGGUUCGAAGCGCGAAGAGCAUGGUGUCAACUUGGACGAAGGCGCCGGAGUCGUCGCUUUAGGUGUCGAGUUUACUCCAAAGGAGAAGAAUGACCAGCACAAGAAGUUGGGUGCUAAAGCAUCUGGCUCCACCUCGGCCAAGGGGUCAACUGGCCCUUCUGACCCCCACACGUCGAUUCCUCGCAGCCUAACCGCCACGCCGGACCACUCCACGUCGUUGUGGUACAUUCACCCGUCGUUUUACUACGAAAAGACAAAGGAAAUGUACUCGUACGCCACGAGCUUUGCGGCCGUUGGCUACGUCGCCCGAUACGGCGAGUCGACGCUCGAGUACUUUUUGCACCGCUUGGCGCCAAGCAAGGUGGAUAGCCUGGAAUCUGUGGACCAGUCGUUGGUCCCUGCGCUGCGCACAGUCGACUCCCGCGUGGACGAGAACGUGGCCACCUUGCUCAAGACGAUUGCCGCGAGCCAAGAAUACUUGCUCAAGACAAAGGACGGUGCCGUCACCAAAGUGCAAGCGACAAUGAAUGCGACCAAGACGACAGUCGCCUCCACUGUGUCGACUGUCCAGUCCAAGGUGAGCCAAGUGACAUCGUCAACGGUCGAGACGGCGUGCAGUUUGCGUCAAAAGACGAUGGAUACGGCCAACAAUGUGCGCAAAUCGACGGUCCAAACCAUUUCAAGCGUCUCGCGCUCGACCUACGACACUCUGUCGAACGCGACGCACCACAUUCUCGCCCACGUUCCGUUUAUCAAUUCAAAGGAAACGGCUUAAGGUGCGUCCCAGACACGGCUGAGCACUGGAUUCGUAAUACUAUACUUCACAAAGUCGC